UGUACCUACUUUUGUAUUGAUGGCUGAAACAAACAAACCCAAAGGCAAAGUUUCUAGAAAGUAAGUGCAGCCAAAACUGAGCAAUUGCACAACACUUUACUUAUACUAUAGUGUUUAUAAUUCUUGUGGAUUCCCGCUCCAUCAAUUAAGUACAGCAGAUUCACUAAAUAUAGCUCGAGCUCAGUGACACACUGUUAUCACUCAUCGGCUGUCUCCUUCGCGCUAUCGCAAUGUUCAUUGUUGUUCGGUUUCUAGUUAAUAUUUAAUGGUCGCAUACAUACUCGUACAUGUGUAACGACAAGUGAAACAGCAUUUCGCCUGGGACUGGCACCACUUGGCCCGAUUCUGGUUCCGAUCGGGGGCUCAGUUUCACACUUGGAGUCGAGCGGAUCGCAGCGCAUCAAUGACGACCACCAGUGGACGCCGCACCAUGCCCACCAUCGAGCACAAGCUAAACAUUACCGAAGAGGAGGUUCCGGAGCACAUCCGCCGACUUGCCCAGGAGCAGGGCGAGUGUCCCCGUUCCAAGGAUGCGGUCAUCGAACAAUUCCGUAACUACAUACUAGAACACAAUGAAUGCCAGCCACACAGAAGUGAUGCGAAGUACCUGGAGAAGUUCCUAAGAGCCCGCUACUGGAAAAUCGAGAACAGUUAUAAAUUGCUCUGCAGCUACUACAAGUUUCGGGAGCAGAACAAAAGCUUUUAUGAGAAGGUUCGUCCUCUGGACCUGAGACACGUUGGGCAAUCGGACAUCCUGACAGUGACUCCCUAUCGGGAUCAACAUGGCCACAGGAUACUCAUCUACCGCUUCGGACUGUGGCGACCCAAUCGAGUAACCGUCGACGAUAUAUUCCGCGCCACCAUUGUCCUGCAGGAACUGGGCAGCCUGGAACCCAUCUCACAGAUUGUCGGAGGAGUGGGAAUAUUCGAUCUGAAGGACCUGGGCUUGGAACACAUACUCCACCUGAGUCCCAGCGUGGCUCAGAAGAUGAUUGCUCUGCUAGUGACCUCCAUGCCCAUUAGAACAUCCGCCCUUCAUAUUGUAAACCAGAACUGGCUCUUCAACGCGGCAUUCAAGAUAUUUAAACCUUUCCUCAACGCCGCCAUGCGAGAAAAGCUAUACAUCCAUGGCAGUGACAUGACUUCCCUGCACAAACACAUCAACCCAGAGCAUCUUCCCAAGCGCUAUGGUGGCUUGCACGAGGACUACUCUUAUACGCUCUGGUUGGAUAUGCUAAAGGAGCAGUGUUCGGGCAAUAGUGUCCAAAAGGAUAUGGAGCAACUGGGCUUCAUCUUUGACUAGGCUUCAUGCCUUGAUUAAAGUGAUAGGCAUUGUUCCACUACGCAUUAAGGGGCAAGAAGAAUAACUUACUUGUAUUUUUGUACUACUUAAAUGUUAUGUAAUGAUACCAUAAUCAAUUAAAGCAAAGUAGGUGAUAUUUUAAAAAUUAAA